AUGCGUUGUCUGAAUCACUACAUAGCAAGUGCAUCCACAGUGAACAAUGAGAAAACUCGUAAUCUGUUCAAAGUACUGGGACUGGUUUUCCGGACGGUAGUGCAGUCGAAGCGAAGUGGAGACAACUUCUGCGAUGACGAGGGUCACACGACGAAGUUCCGCUCACAACUGGACAGCGUUCUUGACUCAUUGGUAUCACUCAUGGCGAGACAAGGGAAAGAAGACGGUAAAGGCAGAACACAGCUCUCAAACACUUGCCAGCAAUCGUGGAUCCAAUUUGUGCAAGUGGUGCUUAUGAGCCUACAGAUCUUUGCAAAUUUUUCCUAA